GAUUGAUUAACUAUUAAUUUUGACGUAAUGUCAAAACGUUUUACAUGACUGAUACAAGUAAUUUUUUUUCUUAAACUUUUAUACACAUACUUUUAUUGUUCACGGAGAGAUUAUGCGACGACUCAUUUUAAAGAAAAUGAACGGAAAACGAAAAGUUUCGAUAGUUGGUUUACGGCAAAAACUCUUUGCGGUAAUCCUGACAAUGGCGUUCGUACAUCGUUCGGAUGCGAUGCCGACAAACCCCGGAUCUUUAAAACAGAAUAUCAUGACUGCAGAUAUCUCAGGAAGUGAUCUUCUUGGAGCUGGAAAUGGUGGUGGUACUGCAAUCGGUGGUGGCCCUCAACAAAUUAACCCUCAAGAUCCAAAACUUACCCCGGUUAGAGGCACCAAAGAUGAGCAAUGUAGCGAUAAGGAAAUGCUGAUCAUGAAGCUACAGCAUGACCUGAAAGACGCCGAAUGUACUCUGCAAUCGCAAAUGAACGAUUUCCAGCGAGCCCUCGCCAAUUCUAAUGUCGCUGAACGUCAGGUCGACCGCUUCGUCGACCAACAACUGAACGUGCUCAAUCAAGCGCUGAACGUGGACAGAGCAGCAAUUUGCCAUGCGCAAGAAGUCGCCUCUGCAAAAGCAUGUAGAGUUCGGCAACAACCACCAUUCAAAACCCAAAGUAAAAAUAGCUUUGAUGUGGUCACAGAUCGAGUCAGUUGGACAGCCCCAGUUGGUUGGAUUCGGAGGUGCAACAACCCAAUCGAGGAGGAGGAUUACCCUCGGAUAUUUGGCCGGAAAACCGAUUGGUCUCAAGAGGAGGGUUGCAGUAUCAUCGGUGAUGUCCCUUUUGAUUUUUACUAUACAGAUUUCACUAAGUAAUAGUACAAUUUAAUGUGUAUACUCAUCAUUUACCUUAAUAAAAAAAUCUUCAACAA